CUACGACUACGACUACGGGCCAGGCCAGACCUUCCUCUUCUUCCUCCUCACCAGGUCUUCGCACCUUCUUUGUCGCAUUACACAGCACACCUUUCCACCUCAUCAAAAGGCCAGGAAGCUCCGUUUUCACGCAGCUUCUGAUACCCAUCAAUCGAAUCCAGUCCUUCCAGGUAGUCGCAUAGAUCGACUUCUUGGAUACUCCGGAUUACAGUCCAUCCAAUCAUGAGCAAGCCCGAAGAGACUACGGCCGCCGCUGGCGCUGCCGCUCCCGCCGGGGGAAACCCGGACCUCAACAUCGCUGAUGGCGAGAUCGAGUCCAACUGGGAGACGGUCAUUGACAACUUCGACAACAUGGAGCUGCGCCCUGAGCUUCUCCGUGGUGUCUACGCCUACGGUUUCGAGCGACCCUCUGCCAUCCAGUCGCGAGCCGUCGUCCCUGUCAUCAAGGGCCACGACGUCAUUGCUCAGGCUCAGUCCGGUACGGGCAAGACGGCCACUUUCUCCAUUGCCAUCCUUCAGCGCAUCGACCCUGCCAUCAAGAAUGUUCAGGCUCUCAUUCUCGCCCCUACCCGCGAGUUGGCCCAGCAGAUCCAGAAGGUCGUCAUCGCUCUUGGUGACUACAUGAAGAUCGACUGCCACGCCUGCAUUGGUGGUACCAACGUCCGUGAGGACAUGGCCAAGCUCCAGGACGGCUGCCAGGUCGUCGUCGGUACCCCCGGCCGUGUCUACGACAUGAUCAACCGCCGCGCCUUCCGAACUGACCACCUCAAGAUGUUCUGCCUCGACGAGGCCGAUGAGAUGCUUUCUCGCGGUUUCAAGGACCAGAUGUACGAGGUCUUCCAACUCCUUCCCCAGGACACCCAGGUCGUCCUCCUCUCGGCCACGAUGCCCCAGGACGUCCUCGAGGUGACCAAGAAGUUCAUGCGUGACCCCGUCCGCAUUCUCGUCAAGCGCGACGAGCUGACGCUUGAAGGUAUCAAGCAGUUCUACGUCGCCGUCGAGAAGGAGGACUGGAAGCUCGACACCCUCUGCGACCUCUACGAGACGGUCACCAUCACCCAGGCCGUCAUCUUCUGCAACACCCGCCGCAAGGUCGACUGGCUCACCGACAAGCUCCACGAGCGCGAGUUCACCGUCUCGGCCAUGCACGGCGAUAUGGACCAAGCGCAGCGUGAGGUCAUCAUGAGGGAGUUCCGUUCGGGCUCUUCGCGUGUCCUCAUCACCACCGACCUGCUCGCCCGUGGUAUCGAUGUUCAGCAGGUCUCGCUGGUCAUCAACUAUGACCUGCCCCUCAACCGCGAGAACUACAUCCACCGUAUCGGUCGUGGUGGACGUUUCGGUAGGAAGGGUGUUGCCAUCAACUUCGUCACGUCUGAGGACGUCCGCAUGAUGCGUGACAUUGAGGCCUUCUACUCCACCGAGAUCAGCGAGAUGCCCCUCAACGUCGCUGACCUCAUCUAAGCACCAACCCAAAAACGCCAAGGGAUUGGCCUACUACCUGUGGCAUUCUGCGAUUGCUCUUGUACUUGAGGCGGCCUGUACGAGGGUGCGCGUGGGACACCAUUGUUGACGUAUUGAGGACUUUGUAGUGCGGCCGGCCUCCGUCGUCGACGUAGAUCAGAGGGACUCGGGCCUCCGUCGAAGACCUCAAUGGAAUCUCUCGUUCAAAAAGCAACAUAAAAAGCGGGAU